AUGCCAGGCUCUCCUUUCAAUAAUGAAGAUAUGCCAUUCUAUUUGUUGGCAGUCUUUUUGGCCCCAGCAACCAUCUAUUUCAAGAAUGGGAAUAAGUACAGAGAUGUUCAAUUAUGGAUGAACUUUCUCUUGUUUUUCCCGGUCAUAUUCUCAUUCUUUGGCCACUUCAUUGCCAUUUGCCAUGCUUGGUAUUUCAUCUAUCAUCAUUCAGCCAUAACCGGCAGUGAAACUGGGAGCUACCUCGACCGUUUGCAGUUCAAUAAUGACGACGAUAUCGAAUCAUUUGAUGGACCAGAUGUUCAAGCUGCAGUUCCAAACGCCUACAAUGCUAACAAUGAAGCCGGUGCUUCUUCUGCAGGCCACGCUGUUCCUUCUUAUUCUGAUGCCAUUAGUAACGGGAAGCAACCAGUAGGCUUUUCCGACAACAAGUCCCAAGUGUAG